UAAGAUGCAGCAAAGAACCUCCCAUAGGUCUGAAUUAUACAGGAUCCUCAGCUUUUAGUUAUUUACACCCUAAAUAUAAAUAAUGUGCUAAGCAGAAAUUUGCUUAUGCAGAAACAUUUAGGCACUGGUUCCCAGUCAUCCAGCUUGGAUUAUCUUUCAAACUGGGUGCUGAAAGCCACACCAUCCUUUCCCUGUUGGGUCUAUUGCCGUGGUGGUGAUUUCCAAAGACAAUUGAGUGAUGCUGGAAGCAAGAACAUCUCGUGGCAAUGUGUUGCCAUUGAACUCUGAGUUGGGAAUCAGAGAUUUUAAGGCAUUUGAAAUCUGUAUCUGAAAUCUGUGACUCAUGUCGUGCUCUGACCUGAGAGAAGGAUGCUUUCAACCAAGGUGGCUGCAUGAGUUAACCAGACCAGCUCUCCUGGGACCCACGCCGCUGCCUGGGGACAGCAGUUGGGAGGCAGCACCCGAAGAUACCCUUCCCAGCUCUAAGAUCUGCUCCUUCAUGCCCAGGUAAAUAGCAAAACCUCUUAUUUUUUCGGAAUAGACCAUCUCCCUUUGUCUUGGGCUGCAUGUCUGCCCAAAAGUGGGGCCAAGGCUGCUCUGACUCUUGUUUUCCUGGUUGCAAAGGGCCAGUGAGGGAUGGUCGGUACCGUCCCUGCUAACGGAGCUGCAAAAUCCAACCCUCCGGCACCCGGGGCGGAGGAGGCAGGAUGGGCAGGGCUGGGAACAGCAUCUCUUCAGCCACAUGCGUCUCUUCAGCUGCGCAGACCACCGAAGACAAAUGAACUGGAGGAAGCAUUUCCUCUGCCGAAGGCUCACACCCGGGAGGUUUCUGCUCACAGUGCAAGUGGGAGCAGAAAUGGGCUCCUGCCGUGUCCCUGCUUCAGAGACACUCACCAUGGUUGGGAUGGAAGAUGUAGGUCAAGCCCCACGGCCCCUCUGUUUCCUUCCAGCCCAAGCGUCUGUGCAACCUAGUCCUGCCCUUGGAAGAUUUACGGAGCAGCAGGCCACGAUGCCAAAGGAGGACCUAGCCCAGUAUUUGGAGCCAAAUCAACGUCAUGGAGAUCACAGAUUUAAUGAUUGUAAUAAUUGCAAAAAGAAGAGAACAAAACUAUUUUCUGCACCGCGAUUUCUUCCAAGACUGAGUGGAGAACCUGCAUCGAGGCCACGGCUGCUGGACACCAUCAUGGGAAGGACACCCUGGCAACUUGAAGGGCUUGGCGAGGGGUGCAGCACCCACCCAGCUCUGCUGCGUGGUGUCCUCGGCCAAGCACCUUGUUCCUGCCCAACACCAAGACUUUUCAGCCAGAGAAAAGAGCUGCAAGCAUUUGAAACUGUGGACAGCAGAUCCAGGUUCCUUCCUGCCUCUGCACCGGGGGGGGAACGUCCUUGCUCGAAGGCUGGGAGAUGGGUGAAACGGCGGUGAGGAAAGGGUCAAAAAACAUCCCUCCGACUGCGAGCAAAAGAAAAAUGUUGGCAGAGCAAACCUUGCCACAGGAAUAAAAGGUUGUCCUGGCUGUUCAUAUUACUCCACAUGGGCUCCGCUGUUGCGGUCAGAGAGAAAUUCCCUUUCUGCUUCGGGAGCUGGUGGACAGAAACCCAUUCCUCCAGCCCUCCAGUUCAUUCCCAGAGAGCAGAAGAAUUCUGCAUUUUCAGUUAGUGUCCCAACCUGGUCCAGACUGCUACUUGCCAGGCUUCCUGGAAGCACCGAUGUGGGUCCAGUCUGGGACCACCAACCCGGGAUCCUUCCACGCCUCUCUCCUGUAAAAUAAACCAAAAGCAUGGCAGAAUACACAAAUUGUGGCUCUGGACAGGACGUUAUGUUUGACUUCCAGGCUCAAAGGAGGAGAGCCGCCUCUUCACCCUAAAUGCAAAAGACGCUGACCUACAAGAUGAGGACCACAAAGCAGGAGCCUAUGAUGUCAACCCCAGACCUUGAGCUUUGCUGGGUCUGGGCACGAAACCUGACAUGGCAAGAGCAGACUGAGCUCAGGCGAUGUGAAAUUUAACCAACAUAUUUUACACCCACACCACUAAAAAUAGGACGCCGACGCCAACUCUUCAUCUGGAAAGAGAGGAAACACCAGCGUUACUGUGUUUUGGAUGAGGCACAGCACUGAAGUCCUGACCAUAUUUAGCCAUAAGAUCAUCUCGUAGGAUUUCUGCAGGAGAGCGGAGUUUUGGAAAAAUUAUUCUGGCCGAGUGCCAGUUCUGCCUUUAUUAUUUCUCCCUGCUAUCUCAAUACUUCAUUUCAUCACCUAAAUUGCUGCGUUGAGUUACUCGAGGCUGCUAAAAUGCUGUCAUGCUACAGAGGCAACUAUGUGAAGGAAAUGAUGUCUCUACUGAAAGUGCUCCAUACCGCUGAAAUCAGGCCACCUAUUUAGGUGUCGAGUUUAGAUUUUUCAUUGUAAGUACAGAAACUUGAAACAUUUUGCCCAAAUGUGUUGAAAGCUACAAAGACAUUAAAGAUUAUUCAUGGAAUAAAUAUUCAUUUGCAGGAAGACUUUUUUUUUUAAAAGCAUGAAUAUUUCAGGCAGCGCGUUGCAAUGUGUGGAGCCGCUUACAGAAAAAGGUGAUCAUAUUCCGAGCGCUGUUUCAAUAGGAACUAUUAACGAUACCAGGAAUGCACCUCAUUUUUAUGAUUUAAUGGCAGUUUCUGCUUAAGUUAAAAUACUUCUUAGAUUUUUCUUAACUAUUAACUAAUUACUAGUAAUGAAAAAUUCCCUGAGAAUUAGUCUUCAAAUGCUUCACGGCCAGGUGCUGUAAUGCUGUCAUUCUGCUCAUAAUUUUUAACCACUAUGUUGCAUUUGUUGCCCUGAACACCAGAAAAAUGUUGUCAUUUUAUUCACAACUGCCCUGUCCGCUUUUUCCCAUAGAAAAAGCGAAUGCUUUGCCAACAGCAUAUUAAUAUAUUGCAGCUUUACAUCUUCAGCUUUCCAUGUUUCAGAAUUUCCAUUUUUGAGGUACUUUCUGUCUGGCUGGAUCGUGUCUGAGCCUGUGUGGAGCUCUGGUACCAUCUAGUGUUGCUGGGGAAGUCCUGAAUGUUGGCUGCAUGUGGCCUUUUUCCUCGCUGACCUCCAGGUGCCACGUAGUUCCUUUCCUUUGGAGUUCAGUAGCCAUGGGGCCAUCAAAAAGAGAAGAAGAGGAGCAGAGCAUAAUCUUGAUCAGUGAUGAUGAAGCUGAGAGCACACUUGGGAAUUCAGUUCAGUUGGUCGACCCGUUGGAGAAGUCUGGCCUGGAAGAAGAGAAAUCUGAAGCAGUUGUGGAUGAGGAAUGUGAACUAAUGGUUACUUUCUGUAAACAAGCAAAAGUGAUGCCUCAUGCAAGAUAUGACUGUACAACACACCCGUUUGAGCGAAUGGAAUGUGAUACUUGCUCACCCCUUGGAGAAAAUGCUGAUAUUUGCAAUCAGUGCUACUGCUACAUUUGUGAUAAACUAGCUUCUGAGUGUGAGAAUUGGACGACCCCCUCCCUCUGUCACUGCAAUGCACACAACAAAAGCAAAUUCUGGAAGGACCAGCGUGACUUUGCCUUGGCUGGUGUUCUUGUAAUGUUCAAUUUGGAGCUCACAGAUAUAGACGCAGACCUUCGGCAUGGUGGAAGUCUUCUAAAAAAAUUUAUCCAGGAACUCUCUGUGGAAUAUAAUAAGUAUCUGGUUGGAAAAAGAAUGUCUCCCACACAACAUGAGUGCUUUUGUCUCCCAAAAUUGCCACCUGGGCAAUGCAAUAUCUGCAGAUCACGCAAUUUGGAGGUUGUGUACAAGUAUUCUGAAGUUUAUGCGCUGGUAACAAGAUUUUUAAAUCAAGCAGACAAAGAGAGUCCUAAAGCCGCUGCUGUCAUGUUGCUGGGAACAGCUAAAGAGAUUGCACUUCAUAAAGACCCUGCUUUAAGCUGGCAGAACCUUAGCCAUACUGAUUCAUUAAAGAUUGCUGUCCCUUGUCUGUUGCAAAGGAUCACAACACAACUUCAGAAGAUGCUGGUGUUGUGUGACUUCCCAAAAAAUUUGUAUGAAAAGUUCGUUAGUUUUUUUCAGUCCAUCCCACUUCCAUGUCACUGUUUUGGCUUCUCAAAUAGCUUGAAUGUCAUGCCAUGGGACCAUGUAUUACUGACCACUGUUUUAAAAGGCCAGAACAUCACUGGUCAAAGAACACAGAAAGGAAGAAAAGUAUGUCUGUGGGAAACGCUCCCUGUUAUAGAGGCUCGAGUGGAGAAAUUGGUGGACAAAGAGAACUAUAAAGAAGUUGUUCGCUACCUGAGAGCUGUGAAGUGCAAUGAUGUCGAAGGGUUAAGAGACCUUCGAGAUAACAUCCCAUUCUAUUUGUGUAAAACUGGAGACUUCAUCAACGCUACGCAUUCGCUGCUGUUUCCCAUCAAUAGCCUGGCCUGCUGUACCGCCUGCCGGCUGUCUCCUCUCCAGUUUGAGGUCUACCUCAAGAUAUUCAGAACAGGCAGUAUCCCCACUGGAAAGGAUAUGCUCAACCCUGGGUCAUGGGUCAGAGUUGGGUCUCCCUUGAAAGAUGAUGUUCUAAUUAAGCAGGCACUCAAACUUCUCUACAGCAACGUGUUGCUAUACAGGAAUCCUAAAUGCUGGAGUUCCCUCAUCAUGAUCUUGGGCAGUACCUGUUUGCUGGAAAAAAAUGGGUACCUACAUCCCCUCACCCUGAGAGAGCCACCGCUUGACUUCCAAAAGGGGGUACUUGCUGCCAGUGGUGACCUUUUGGAGGAAUUGAAGGCAAAAAUUAAUGUUUUUUUACCAUCUGAUAUUUUCUCUCCUCAUUUGCAUCGUGAGGCUUGUCUUAUUCUCGCAGUGCAAGCAGUACAACAGAUGAUUUUUUGUCAUCUUCCAUACUUGACUUCCUUCUUAGAGAUAGCCCUGGCUUUUGGGAAUAACUUUUGGGCUCUGAGGCUGUUAUUGGACCAUCUUUCCUAUGAAGAACACGUUCUCCGUGGCAUUGUCAACCUUAUUUUGAGAGAUCUACAUUGUCAGAAAGCAACAAUGCUAAAACUGUGGCAAAACCUCGGUCCCCAGUACGUGGGUGAAUUCCUUUGCCUGUUCCUGACGUGCAGACAUAAGAAGAUGCAAUCCAUUGGCCUCUUCGCUCUGAAUAUUAUUAUAGAGAACCUGCAUAUGUGUCCAUGGGCAGAGCAUCUUUGCAACUUCUUUCACAAUGCAGGAUUAAGGCACCUGCCCCUUGGCACCGCUGUUCAUCGUGAAGUCUCAAAGUUCAUAAACAUUUUUGAAAAACCGUAAUUUGGCAAAAUCUUCAGGAACGUUUUCCAAUUUGCCUUAAACUGAGAUCUUUCUGGAGUCCCUUGUGUUCAGCCGUGGUUCUCAUCUCCAAAAACGUUCAGCUGAAAACUGACUUCAGACAAAUCCAAAAGUGAGACCCUGGGUUGAGCUGGUGAACAGUGGCUGUGUUUCAGCCUGACGUAUUCUGGAAAUUUCCUUUCUUGCAGGUCCAUCUAUUAAGCAGUUGUUUAAAGCAGCAGUGAGUUUAAGACAUGUUUUUCUUUUAAAAAAGCCCGUCUAUGGAGAGAUGCUGAUUGGGGGGGGGAGGGAAACAUGGAUGAAGUAGAAGGACCCCAGCUCUUUACUCCUCUUGUGUUGCACAGAUGUGCUGGUGGUGAGAUGUGGCAGCAGAACUGCUGAGAGCAGAAGUCUCAAACAGGCAGACUGGUAUACAACAGUGUGUGUUAAAAUGCUGUUUGCACACCCUCUUGUUUCAUGUAUAAUUAUAAAAAAUAAGCCCCUUUUGAGGCUGACGGACAUUAACUUUCUUGCUUCAAGAAACCAGAUUCAGGAAGGCCUAAUGCAGUAAAUAGCUUGUUUUGUUUGUAAAUUAAAAAAAUAUAUCUAGUUUUCAGGGUUUUACGAUUGUGGGAAUUAGUUUUUAUUUUCUACAAUAGGUGACUGUUAGACUGAUGGUUCUCUGAGUUUCUCACAUCCUUAUUUUAGUGGUAAGUUUAAGAGUUAACUUUGGAACUGUGGCAGUGGAAAAGAGAACUUUUUAGCCUGGUUUAUACCCUUCUCUGCCCUGCUGUGAUACCUGUCUGCAUUGGUUUGGCAGUUGGGGGGAAAAUCUUAAUAUGUGGUGAACUGUAUUUUGCACAUUUAAAGCUUUCAGUGGCAUUUGCUGCUUUUGUUAUCCCAAAUUAGCUACGCUGUUGUUCAAGUUUUAUACAAAAGUGUACAUAUAAAGUAAAACUUCAUAGAAUUUCUCUCCUUA